CUCUCCCCCUCUCUAUCCUCACCAAAGCUGUUGAGGCUACUUUGCGCAUGUACGGCCAGCCGCACCGAACAUUGCAUCGACACCAAGAUGGCGAAAACACGUCUAGCUUGCCUCCUGACUCUCCUCUCAACUCACUGUUACUUCAGUGUGUUAGCAGUGGUGCUAAAAACAAGCGAGGAAUCCCCCUCCACAGACGAAUUUAACAGGGUUGAGUUGUCAUGUUUGAUUGAUUCCAUAUCCACAAUAAAUCCACGAAUCGAAUGGAAAAAGAUCACCAACAAUAAGCCGAGUUACGUUUACUUCGACAGGAGGAUCUCGGGUGACCUGGAGAACAGAGCUGUGAUCAGAGAGCCGGCCACGUUGGUGAUUACCAACGCCACGAGGUCAGACACAGCCAAAUACCGCUGUGAGGUCACCGCCGCUGAUGACGCCAAGUCAUUUGACGAGAUUGUGAUCGACCUUGUAGUGAGAGUGAAGCCAGUGGUGCCAAAAUGCAGCGUUCCAAAGUCUGUGCCUUUCGGGAAGUUAGCUGAGCUCAGCUGCGUGGAGGACGAGGGCUUCCCCAAGUCUCAGUACCAGUGGUUCAAGAACAGCGAGGAGAUUCCAGAGGACCCCAAGUCCAGUCCCAAAUUCCUUAACUCCUCAUACACGCUCAACACAGGAACAGGAACUCUGAGAUUCACUUCAGUCAUAAAAGAAGAUGCAGGCGAAUAUUACUGCCGAGCGAAGAACGAUGCAGGACAUGCUCAGUGUGCACCCCAGAAGAUGGAAGUGUAUGAUAUUGACAUUGUGGGGAUCGUACUGGGAGUGCUGGUGGUGGUUAUUGUGCUCCUGUGUAUAACGGUGGGAAUUUUCUGUGCAUACAAACAAGGCUACUUCUCCGGUCAGAAACAGACCGGAAACAAUUACAAGGUUCCAGCCAAGGGAGACGGAGUGGACUACGUCAGGACAGAGGAUGAGGGGGAUUUCCGACACAAGUCUUCAUUUGUGAUCUGAUGACGAAACAAGGACAGUGAGGGCUGCCGCGCACCGAGACGUGACACGCGGGCCCCGCCCUCCACGCUGCUGGACCGCCGAGCUGCAACAGGCUGAGCUCUGGGGGUCCCAGCGGGACUGAAACCCAACCACUCAAACUUGCCAAAGUCAUUGCAUGGUUUUUAACAUAAACUGAGGAGGCAGGAAGGAAGCAUCUCUGAUGUGCCAGGUAGAAACGGAGGAGGCAGUCUAUCAUGUCAACUUUCUACUGUAAACAUUUAGCUUUUGUCAUUUGUAUAACAUUUGUUUUCUACUGUUGAAACACUAUUUUUGAUGGAAUAUAUUUUAAAAUGCCUAUAGAUAAAAGUUUACUUUUUUAAAUAUUUGUAAUAUACUAACAUGUGUGUAGGGUUUUUGUUUUUUUUCCUUUGGUUGUGGAUAAAAGUUUGUAACACUUUAACCACUUUGUGUUAAGCUGUAAGCAUUCUCACCUUCUCAAAAGAAAGACUUGCUGCUUCUACAUCCAGAAGUAAACCCCGAUGGCCGCUCUCACUUACUGAGUCGCUCCACCCAACCCGCGUUAGAGCGACAAACUUCCACGUUCGUGUUCGUAGAUAGUCUUAGCGAGAGGCUUCAGUGAGCGCCAGUCCAACGCUGUAAACGCAGUACCAGUCGGAGCUGCGUGUUUUCUCAUUUUAAGUGUCCUUCAAUGCUUACAGUUAGUCCUGUGUGUAUUGCAGUUCCUGUCAGGAUAGAGUUUGCCGUCGUACACCGCAGUAUGUGUUGAGUAUUACGCCAUAGCAGUGAGAGUGACGAUAACACAGGGUUUGCAAGUUAACCUUCCAGAACCAGAGGACCCAAACAAAACUGCUAAAAAGCUAGAUGUGGUACCGGCGGGGUCUCUACGCCGUCUGGGAAAGUCUGGGAUUUGAUUUCAGUGUUACCGAGGUCUGGAGGUAAACAGAAGAAAUUUGUUUUUCCAGACUUUGUUCCCCAUCCAAUUGACUAAGCAUUGUUUCUUCCCUCAUGUCUUUUCUAGGCCUGUCACAAUAACACAUUUUGCUGGACCGUAAAUUGCCCCAGAAAUUAUUGCAAUUGACAAUAAUAUUGUUGGUUUGAGUCAAUUUUCAACUAAUUUGUUGGCAAUGGCCUAAUAAUGCAAGUUCGCAGGCUUAUAAACUUUAAUUUAGUACAGAACACUGGAACUGAAAGAUAUUGUAAAUAGACAAAAAAUAAAACACAACACUUAAAAACAAUAGAUGAAGCAAGUGCAACUAAAACCAUAAAUUUACUUGAUUAUGAUGCCUCCACACAAAAUUGUCCUUCAAAAAAUGUUAAUCAUCAGAAUUGAAACUAUUAAGCUCGUUUUAAUUUAUCAUGUGAUUAAUGGUUAUUGUGACAGGUCUGAUCUUUUCCUCCUUCUCCUGUUCUCUUCCCUUCAGCCUUUCAUUCGUUCCAUCCUUCCUCCGUGUUUGAAAAUCAUAAAUAUCAUCUUAAAAAAUGAACAUUGAACUGCAGUAUUCUACAUUUGAAGUAAACAUUAAGAACUAAAUAUGGAAAAAGUCUGGAAUUUCCAGAGAAAACCUGCGUAGGAACUCUGUACUUAUUUUUAAUUCUACUAAGAAAAUGACGUCUUUGAAAGACGACUAAAUAAUGAAUUUAACAAGAGGAAUAGCUCAUCAGAACCCAGUACUUUAACUAGACUCCACCUUAUCCAAACUCUGCGUACUAACAUCAAACAGCUCUGCUUAGUAGCUUUCAUAGUGCACAAAGCUAAAUAUGGAACAAAGACUGAUAAAGCCCAGGGGCUGCACCAACAAUCCUUCAAUCUGGGAAAAGUCUUAUUCUGGUUUGAACAAACCAAGGGAGCCCAGAGAUGCUGCUGACACAAAUAACUAAACACAGAAAGAAUGAACCCGGUUUGUAUCCAUACUUAUUCACAAAAUGGCUGUCUAGUUUGCCAGCUGAGCCAGAUGAAACAGCAGCAUCUUCUGUUUUCUUAGAUUCCUCUUUCAGGUGCGAUCCUGUCCUAAAGCCUACAGCAAGCUCCCUCUGGGAAAAGUAUCAGCCAGGCAUGAAGGGAGUCACUUUAAUUCCUCUGUCGCAUUAUCUUCCUGCUGAUGAUUCAGAUAAAUCAGAUUUAACUGGAGUGAGAAGUUCCUCAACUAACAUACCAGAAAGCUGCAAAAACACAAAAUCUUACCAAGGAUUUUUGGUCCACGCUCUAGUGCAAAUAUCUUUGAACUAAGACAAAACUAACUUGCAACAGAGGAGCUUUUUUGAUGGAUUAAUAUUGUUGGAAAAAGUAGUUUCAUGGGAAAAUGUUACGUUAAUAUUUCCUCAUGUGAACGUAACAUGGGAAAAUGUAGUUAUAAGGGGAAAAACCUGCCAGUGGAAGUGAUACUUUUUCAUUAAUAUUAAGGAAUUAUUGUCAAGCUCCUGUAUUGUGCUUAAAAGUUACUUACAUGUUAUUUUUGUCUUAUUUCAAGUGCACUAACAUACUGCAUUAGAAACCAGACCAUUCCUGGUAGGAGUUUGUUUUUCACAGUGAACCCUUGAAUCUGUUGGACUGAGACAAACAUCAACAGACACGUGUGGCUUCAAUUAUAUUUCUACUUGGAACUUAUAAUUUCCGAGUUCCAAGUCUGAGAAAUAAAGUGAAACUUCCUCUCUGAAAUCGGAAUUUUAGCGAGGAAUCUUGACAGUUGUUCCCCAACCCUAAAUAGAAAAAAAUAAAUAAAUAAAACCUCGACAUGCUGCUGAAGUUAUCGCUUUUAACUGGGAACAUCAUCAUUCCCAGAUCCAAACUCCCAAUGAAGCGAAUCAAAUGCAGAAAAAGCCUUUUUAGACGCCCAAAUACAAAGAAAAUUUUUUUCUUUUGUCAAAAAUGCUUCAGACCCUGUAAUUUCAAGCUGAUGGUUUGUUUUGGUGCAGCUCAGCCUCUACAGCUUUAAUCAUAGCUUGUUCUCAUUCCACUCAGCGGAGCGUUACGUCACAGUGAAUUGAUUCAUUUGGGGUCUGGAUGGUUAACACUUGUACUGAUUGUAAAUAGAUGUUUUCUUUUUUUCUUUCUUUCUUUCUUUCUCCAGAUUAUGUGAAGGAGUGAAAACGCGUUUUGUUUUGUUUUUUUGUUUUUUAACUGAGGCAAUAUGAAACUCUUUCCAUUAGUGAGACUGAAGAACAUUUCGGGUCAGCUUUUGUUCCGAGCUCUUUGUCCAUUUUAGUUUUGCAAUCUGAUCACCUGCUUCAGUGUUUUCCAGAAAGAAGGCCAGCUGUGAUCAUCAGAGACGGCGAAUCAGCUGAAAUGUUAACUUAUUGUCAGUCAUGGUAGAGACGAUGUGCCCGACUAUUUUACACCGUCAACAUGUCAAUCGGGUUCCUGCAAAGUUGGAAAAACCUCCGGCUAAAUGCGCAAGUUGAAUUUAUGAAGAUGAAAUUCCCCACUUUCACAUUUAUUGUCACCAGACAAAGGCUAGAAAAUACAGAGGAUUUUUUUAAAAGUUGGCUCUGGAACUACUAGAUUUAAAACCAUAAGCAGGAACCCUGUGUCUAAGUGUACUCUUUUCCCAAUAAAAAGUGGGACAAAUACGACAAAUCAACAUUUUUCAGCAUGCUGCUGCAGAAAUCCCCGCUCUUCAUUUGUAAAACAAACAAAAAAGUUUAUUCCUCUUAAGUGCCUUCCGCCUUCAGACCCGUCCCGUGUCACCGGAGACGUCUCAUGGCGUCGUCGGAGGUUCCCUCGCCGUUUUACCCGCAAAAGCUUGAGAGGAAUGACGCUCCUGCAAACUCUGCUUUCCCUCUUUACAUAUCUGAUCAUUUGUAAAUAUUUUCUUUUCUUUUUUUUUCAUGGAUUUGAAGAUAUAGACAUGUUGAAGUAGAAAUUGAUAAUUGUUCGUGCCUAUAUAUUUAACUAUAUAUAGUAGGACAGAUUUUCGGGGAGUGACGACUGCUACCCAAAGGCACUCCGGCUUUACAACAAGUUUCCUUUCCACCCGCCGCUGCGACGCUCACCCACAUGAUUUCAUUUGCCAGCCCGCCCCUGUUCUGCUGCUCGCUGCUGUAAACACCGCGCGCAGGGAUAAAACCAGACUGUGUGUUCACUAGUAUGACAGGCAGGUGGAAAUGAGGCAGAGUUUUUUGCCUGCAGGUGGCUCUGAAGGAGUGUGUGUGUGUGUAGCGGCUGGGACGAUGUGGGCUGUUUUUUUUUUUUGUUUUCACAUCAUGUACACGUGGAAGUGACGCUUCCCACUGUGUGAUAAAGAACAUGUCACCUCUGCCGCCUGUCGAACAUGACUCUGAGCUACCUGGGCAAAGAGGGGAUCGUCUUUAAAAGAGUCUCUGGGUUGCUUUUGUUCAUUUUAGAGCAAACUGUUUGUGAUGAAUAAAACUCACUCCUUAUUUUCCUGGAGAAACAUA